AUGUUGCAGAAGGGAUUGAAGGUCGGUAGAAACAUCAAGACGAAAAUGUGGCACGAAGCUCGUCGGCAAGAAAAAUUGAUACGAUCACAGAUGAUCGAUAGCGUCAAAAGGAAUGAAAGGCGCAAACAGUUCUACGAGAAUGUUAGGAAAGAUCCAGAACAGUUCAUGCAAGUCCAUGGCCGCAAAUGCCAAAUACACAUGGAUCCGGCAGUAGCACGUGCUGCCGAAGCAUCAAGCAUCCUGAGGCGAUGGCAAGGUGAUCCAAACGUGCUGAUUGAUCGAUUUGAUGUUCGAGCACAUAUGGACUAUAUUCCGGAAACGAAAUCAGAUAUUGAAAAGCGGUCCGUGGUAGAUGUUGAAGAAUUGCAGUGCGAAUAUGAGAGGUAUCGAAUCCUUGUACUCAAUGAAUUUGAUAGAGUAUCGGAGAAAACUUUCUUGAAAGAAAUAGCAGCAAAGGAAUUUUGGCCGGAUGAAUCCACUUCAACAUCAGUCGCACGUGCUGAGCAAGAAAAGAAAAGAUUGCUGCGGGACAGAAAAGCUGCCGUGGCCUUCACAUAUGGUGAUACGCAAACGGUGCAAGGUAAAAGUCUGGAAAUGGAUGAUUCUGAUGAAGAAGAUGAAAUUGUUGAUUCUGAUGAAUUCGAUUUGAAAUUGGAUGUCGACACGUUGGAUGCUGAACAACGACGCAAUUUAAACAAACUGGGUAUUCGCUAUGGCAUAAGUUCGGGUGCAUUCUCGAGUUUGUUAAAAAUGGAUCGUCGUGAGCAGGAUGAAACGCAUCAGCUGAAAGAAAUUGAAAAAGCCAAACUGGCACUCGCUGGCCGACAAGCGAAGGCCGAAAGAGCUGUUCUAAAAAAGAAACGCGCACUGAUUGUCGGUAAGGGUUGUUUGAACGAGGAAGCCACGACCACUUUGCUAUCAUUCGUUACUAAAAGUCAGAAGGAACGCUUAGAAACGUCGUCAUCUUCAUCGACGGAGGAGGAUGAGGGAAGAACAGAAUUCAUAACAACCUUCGGUGGUGAUGGUGCAGAAGAUAAGGAUGAAGAACGUGAUGAUGAUGAUGAUGGUGGAGCAAAAAUGCAUGGUCCAGCAUUGCCAUCUGCAGAGUUCCGGCGUAUCUUUGAAUUGAAAACACGUCGUUCGUCAAGUCCGGAGGAUUUUGGGAAUGUUUCAAGGGCUCGCGUGCGUAGUAGAUCUCCCUGUCGGAAGCGAUUUUUACGUUCCAGUCGUGAACGUACUCUAAGGUCAAGAAGCCGCGAAAGAUUACGCCGUUCCAGAAGUCGAGAACGGCGCGACCGAUCGAGGAGUUCAAGUAUUGGAAAAAGAAGAAGACGUAGCAAAAGCAAAGAGAGAUUACGUAGCCAUAGCCGUGAAGAUGAUCGACGAUCCGAGCAUGGUCGUUCAGGAAGCAGAGAUAAGAGACGUGAAGAAGUCAAGGUUAAACAAAGUUCUAAGAGAUUCAAUGAUAAGAAGCAUCCAAGGCGUCGAAGAAAAUAUUCGUCAUCAAGUAAUACUAGCCGUACACCGCCACCACCAUCACCAUUAGAGAGAAAGGGCACAGGUUCAGUUCUUUCACCAAGUCGGAGUAACGGCGACACUUCACCUCUAGAAAUCCGUUCAAGUAUGAGCGAGUCAGAGAAAGAACGUAUAGAAGUGGAAAAUAGGCGUCGACGAAUACGUCGUACGGCUAAAUUGCAUAGGCAACAGCAUGGUAGUAAUCAUCAUGAUCGAUCAUCGGAAGAUGAAGCUGAACGUAAGGCUGCCCUUGCCCAUAAACUUCGUACGCAGAUGCAACGAGUCUUACGUAAAACAGCAGAACAAUUGAAGGAAGAAGAAAGACAAAAACAUGAGGAACAUGAAAAAGAAAGAAGGUUGCGCGAGGAAAGAUUAUUUGAAGAAUCGCUGGAAAUCAGGAGACGAGAACGUGAAAAACGUCGACGUGAACGUCGUGGUCGUACUAGAAGCAGUUCUGCAUCGUCAAACUAGUGUUCUGUUUUAGAAAUAAGACCCAUUCAUAAAAACAGUUCUGCUUUUGUAAAUUCGUCCUUCAUUUUAAUGAAGUUCUUCACAAGAAUUGAUUCAUUGGCGCUGAUUUAAGUUCAUCAUGCAAGUGAAGCUUUUGAGCCUCGACCUUAACAAUCAGAUUGCUUAGGAUAUUAUCAUCUAUUUUUUCUACUGUUCAUUUUUUUCACUCCUUUUCCUCUCG